AUGCGCGGCACAGUUGCUAUUGAAGAGGCCGUCUUGGACCCCACGGGCAUCGCCCGGAACGCCCGCGAUGCCACCCUCUUCGCUCCGGCGUACGGCCGCGGCACCGGCACUGACGUCGCCAGCGUCAAGCACCCGCUGACGGCGGCGCUGCUGGACAUCCACGAGGCCCGACUGGCCCACAUGGACGCCGAGGGCGUCGAGUACAUGCUGCUGUCGCUCACGUCGCCCGGGGCCCAGGGCGUGGUCGACCCCGUCGAGGCCCAGACACUGGCUGUCGAGGCCAACGACUGGCUGGCGGCCGAGGCCCGCAAAGCGCCCACGCGGUUCGGCGCCCUGGCCAGCCUGUCGAUGCACUCGCCCGCCGACGCGGCCGCGGAGCUGACGCGGGCCGUGCGCGAGCUGGGGGCCUUUGGCGCCAUCCUCAACGACUUUCAGAGCGUCGCCUCGAGCGACUCGGAUCUGGACGGCCGCCGGUACUACGACGAGCCCGCGUACGACGUCUUCUGGGCCGCCGUGCAGGACCUCGACGUCCCCGUCUACCUGCACCCGCGCUACGCCACCGGCCGCGACCUCGCGGCGCCGCACGGCAAGUACGCCGGCCGCACGCACCUUCUGGGCGCCGGCGUGCAGUUCCACCUGGACCUCAGCUUCCACCUCUACGCGCUCUGCUCGAGCGGCGUCUUCGACCGCUUCCCGCGCGUGCAGGUCGUCGCCGGCCACCUCGGCGAGGGCAUCCCCUUCAAUCUGGUGCGCGCCGACCACUGGUACAACAAGCCCGUCAAGAAGCAGAGCCGGCCCUCCAAGGAAGACUACCGCUACUACUUUACGCACAACGUGUCCAUCACGACGUCGGGCAACUUCUCCACGCAGGGGCUCAAGUUCUGCAUCGGCGAGCUCGGCGUCGACCGCUGCCUCUACGCCAUCGACUACCCCUACGACUCCGUCAAGGUGGCCCAGGACUGGUGGAAGAACGUGGACCUGCCGGACGCGGACAAGGAGGCCAUUGGCCGCACCAACGCCAUCAAGCUGUUUAAGCUGCCGUUGGAGUUGUGA